GCAGGAUGCAUCUUCUCCCAAGUCACGUCACUCUGUGAAGGUUCUACGAAAACGUCUUUCCCAGUAAAGAACUGCUCUGUAUAAAGGCAUACGUGGUGGAUGUGACCAUUGGAAGCUGAUGAUUCAGAACUUUCACCCACCUCUUACAAUCUUCCUUCUGUGUUUCUGUGACAAUACAACUUCUGUGUUGUUUGCCGCACUACUGUCUUAGAGGAUCACCAUUCAGAUUUCCCUGGGAAUGUGAAUCUGCCACUUUCCACACAGAAUAUGAAUGAGGACAGCUCUGUUGAAACAUCUAAAAAGAAGGAAGACAGAAGUCCAAUUUGUGUUGGCAGAGAAGAUGAUAUUAAAAAACUACGAAGGACAACAGUGGUCAUCCAUGACAGAGAAGUUGUUGUUUUCUAUCACGAUGGAAGGUUUUAUGCUCUGGAUUGCCGCUGUUACCAUACAGGAGGCCCCUUGCAUGAAGGAGAUAUAGAGGACAUCAAUGGACAGCCAUGCAUUAUUUGUCCCUGGCACAGGUAUAAAAUAACUCUGGCAACAGGUGAAGGAUUGUAUCAAGCAAUAAACCCCAGGGAGCCAUCUCCGAAACCCAAAUGGAAGUCGAAAGGAGUAAAACAGAGGACUCAUAGAGUUACUGUGGACAGCGGAAAUGUUUAUGUGACUCUUUCAGAUACAGAUGACAAUAUAGAUUCUGAUCAUUAUGCUAACAUACACAAUAGGACAAUACUGCCUCCCAAACAAAAAUAGCAUCUUCUGUGCUUCAUAGUAAAUGGCUUUAAAAUAACAAUGAAUGUGAUGUAUGUGAAUGGCAUCCUUGCUGUCUAAAGAGCAUUCAGCUCUGAGUGAUGAUAUGAAACUGAGCUCCAGUCUCUCUAAAAAGGGAGUUGAUCAGAGAAUUAUUUGUGCCUUUGAGAAGAAAAUAGUAUAGUGUGCUUAUAAUAGUGUGCCAGUAAUGAAAAUGAUAGAAGAUUUAUAUUGAUCCAGCCUUCAAGUGUUUCUCGCUUCCAGAAUAUAAAAUGAUGUUUUAAAAGUAUUAUGAUGUACAAAUGUUAUCAAUAUAAUUGGAGAUGUUGUGCUUGUAUGCUAAUAUGAUUUGUUAUUGUUGGGA